AUGUCUCCCGCAGAAUUCUCUGGUGAUCGCAAACGACGUCGAAUUGCCGUUGCUUGCAAUGAGUGCCGCGAGCGAAAGAGAAAAUGUGACGGGGUGAAGCCCGUCUGUGGCGCAUGUGCCAAAAGACCUUCUCCACGAUGCGUCUGGGAUGAGGGACGGAACGCUAAAGGGUGGAAUCAUAGUUACGUCGAGUCCCUAAGAGGUCGAAUUCAAGAAUUAGAGGAAGGGCAGGCAAUGGCCGAUGCUCGGCAGACUAGCCAGGGCGACGGUGCUACUCGGCAACUCUUUGCGGACGAGACGGACGAGCUUGGACUGCGUACACCUCAGCAGUCUAUGACAUCACCGGAGAUGGUUGCAAUGUCAGAGGUGACCACCAUGCCAGCUCCGGACAUAGGUGAGCUUCCCUCCUACUCGACUGCCGGAGGAUACACGGACGCCGUGCAGUCAGGGGUGCUGGGCCGGAGUUCUGCAGCAGCAGAGGAUGACUCCGACGAUGAGUCUGCCAUUGAUGCCAUGUGUGUCUUUGGGUCCUUUGACGAUCGGGGGCGCCAGGGGUCCGACUUUUUUGGUCCUUCAAGCACCAUCAGCUUUCUCAGCCAUGCUCGUCGGGCCAUGGGUCAUAAAGAGAGUGGCCCAGGAGCAUCUCAAUCAAGGAAUGGGCUACCAAGAAUUUUACGGCAUGAAGGUAUUGGCGUAGGAGGGCGCUCGCUGUCCUCAGUACGCAUCACGCCCAAGACUAGUAUCAGCCACGCGGAGUACCGAUUCAGCAUUCCACCGCGACAGAAGGCCGACGCCCUACUCGAUAGCUAUUGGACCUAUGUUCAUUCCCUGUACCCAUAUCUGCACCGGCCUUCGUUCACCCAGAAAUAUCUGACUCUAUGGUCGCCAGCGCCAGACCGUCUCUCCUCUAAGGCCUCAAGGUCUCCGCAAAGCCGAAAUUACUACUCGAAUAUAGAUGAGAAAUUGUUCCAUUGCCUCCUCAAUUUGGCUUUUGCUUUGGGAUCUCAGAUCGGGCCAACCACGGAGGACGGCGAUCGAAGUCAGCUGGGGUUAACAUUCUUUGAGCGUGCUAAAGCUUUGAUGGACUUUGAUCUCUUCGUCCAAGGCAACAUUUUUCUCGUGCAGAUGCUUAUACUCAUGGGACAGUAUCUUCAGAGCACUGAUAUGGCCAGCGCAUGCUGGACCAUGGUCGGCCUGGCGAUUCGCACUGCGCAAGGCAUAGGUCUUCAUCACGAACCCGGGCUUUGUGAUCAGGGGUGUUGUUCAAAGACGAAGCUGAGCCAGCUGGAAACUGAGAUGCGGAGACGAGCCUGGACCGGCUGCAUCCUCUUGGACCGGGUCUGUUCCAUGACAUUUGGGCGGCCACUAAUGAUCCAUCCCGCCAUAUCCCAACGCUGUGUUCCCCCGUCUGCCAUUGACGAUGGCCUUUUGGCCCAGGACCCGGGCACGCCAGCAACACAACCAGCCGAUAUUCCCAGCGUGACUGAGUUCUACGUCCAAUGCAUCCAGCUUCAAAAUAUUCUCGGUGAAAUUCUUGACACCCUAUACUAUGGGGGCAGUGAUAAAGGAAGUGGAAAGCUCGAUGUCAGUUUCAAUUUUAUAGCGGCAUCCACAGCACACGACAAACUCCACGAUGGUGGAUUACAAGUGUUGCUCAACCUCGACAAGUCGCUUUCUUCCUGGUGCCAAAGCUUGCCCGCUCACCUCAAAGCCCAGAAUUAUAAUUUCACAGCUUUGGAGAGCAGUAAUCUGUUUGGGCCGGACACUCCCACGUUCAAUCGACAGGCAAUCAUUCUUCAUGCAAGGUAUCUUCAUGUGCGAUUGUUUAUGUUCCGUCUGGUAUUGUCGGCGGCGCUUUUCCAUUCUCAAGAUACUGCAUCGGAGCCGAACCACUCCAUGGAGUCAGCGAUGCGACAAGAUAUUCUUGAUAAAGGUGUCAAUCUGUGCGUGUCGUCCGCGUAUGACCUCGUCGAACUGAUUACCGCCAAUCUCCACGUGCACAACGAUAUCCUUCCUCCAUCCUGGCACAAUGUUUUCUAUAUGCAUAGCUGUGCAAUUGUCUUUCUGAUCUGUCACCUCUGCUGCCUCAGCCGUAUCCAGGACGAGAAUAUCCUUACUACCGGCUGGAAUAAAUGCUUAAGCUUCUUCCGCUCCUAUCGAUUACGGAGUCGGUCUGCCAAACGGUGUCUCCGAAUCAUGGAAGCCGUCCGGGGGGAUCCCUUCCCUUCCCAAAACCAUACCCAUCCUGUCAACCCUUGUGAUGACUCGUCCAGCUGGCGCCAAAAUGUAUCCUUACAACACGAGGACGAGUAUUCUCGACAGCCAUUCGAACAAUUCAUGCCCGCUGAUCAAACGACGGCAAGCUGGAUAAGUGAUCCUACUGAAAUCAAUUGGCUGUCGAUAUUCCCUUUUGUAGAGGGGCUGGACGAUGGGCAUUCAGGAUUGGGCGAAAUUGGCCACGACCAGAACGCCGUUGAUUUCUAG